GCGCAUUUGUCCCAUGCCAAGUCUGGACAACAGGCUUCUUUGACAAUAACAUAGUAGGCACAGCCACUGCCCUCACCGGCGGGUUCGGAACCGCCGGCGGCGGCAUCACCUACUUCAUCAUGCCAGCGGUAUACGAUUCUUUCGUAGCACGUGGGUUUAGUACAGGCCAAGCCUGGCGCCUGACCUUCAUCGUCCCCCUAAUUAUGGUCAUUGGUGUUGGCGUCGCCCUUUUGUGCCUCUGUCCCGACACCCCGACAGGCCACUGGGGUGAGCGCCAACACGCCAUUCAGGAGGAUCACAGUAGCAUCAGCUGCGAAGCUGCCACUGUUACGGACAUCCCCGGCUCCAUUACCGACAGAUUCCCCUCUGGCAUGACUGAGGACUUCCCCGCCAAGGACGGUGACGAUAAAAAGAAGAAGGAAACAUACGUCUCCGCCCUUGUCGCAUUCGACCACGAAGCGCAGAUACCUGACCGGGGUAUUCAGGGGGGAGCCCACGGCGAGAUUAUCAUGAAACCGACACUCUCCGAGGCCGUGCGUGUCGCUUUCUCCCCACAGACGGCCUUUCACGUCUUUUCCUAUAUGAAUUCGUUCGGCGCCGAGCUGGCAAUCAACUCCAUCCUCGCGUCCUACUACUUCAAAACCUUUCCGUACUUCUCGCAGACCGACGCAGCCAACCGGGCGGCCAUAUUUGGCUUCCUCGACUUCGUCACCCGCCCGCUUGGCGGCGCCGUCAGUGAUCUGCUCUACAAGCAUUCCGGUCACAACUUGUGGCUGAAGAAGGGCUGGAUCGUGACGUGUGGUGUUAUCGCGGGCACUCUCCUCAUUAUCCUCGGGCAGCUCAGCCCCAACAACGAGCCAACAGUGUUUGGGCUGAUUGCCCUCGUGGCCGUCUUUCUCCAGGCCGGCAACGGUGCCAAUUUCUCGCUCGUCCCGCAUGUACAUCCCUCUGCCAACGGCAUCCUGUCCGGCCUUACUGGUGCGGGCGGGAACCUAGGCGGUGUGAUCUUUUCCAUCAUUUUUCGCUUCAUGGAUGACGGGACAAACUACGCAAAGGGGUUCUGGGUCAUUGGGGUAAUACAUGUCGGCGUCACCUUGGUGUUGAGCUGGAUACCACCGUUGCCAGGGGGACAGAUGGGUGGGAAUUGAUGCUUUGCGCGUAGCACUAUAAUAGAAUAAGCAAGGAUAAAACUCAAAGAAUUCAGUUAAAGCAAUGGGCAGAAGCCGUCGCA